CGUUCCUGGCUGCUUAUAAGCAGUCGGGUAUUGACUGACAGGUUGGUCUCGGACGAGUGAAGGGGGGGGGGGAGAUGAGAUAUAAAUUGGCGCGGAGGGCAAGAGAAGAACUUUUUCUAAACAAAGCCAAACGCAAACUAGGAGGCGGUAGUGGAGGCGCUGCUCAAAGAAGCAAAAGAAGAUGAACGAGGCGACGUGGAUGUGGCUAAGCGCAGUGCUCGUCGGGUGUAGCUCUGAGGUAGAACCUCAGCCGUUCAUUAAGUGUUACGAAGAAAGUGGACCUUCUCCCGAGUUGUCGAAAGAGCACAGAUUCACACCAUCAGAUCUUUUGAGCCUUAAUGCCCAGAUCAUUAACAUACAAGGAAAGUGUCAGUUUAAUAUAACUUGGAUCCUGAAUGCAGACGUUGUGUUCUCUCCCCAGGCAGCAAUAAAGAAGUGUGUUUGUUUGCCAGCAGUAAGAACCAGCAUCAGAUACCUGAAUGCCUCCAAGAUAUGUUUAUCUACAGGUGGAGGAAGCCCAAGCUGUAUUAGAUGUGAUUACACAAAAAAGUUUCAAAGCCAAACCAUGCUUGGUAAUCAAAAAUGGCAGUUCCACUAUAUUGGAUACCCCAUAGAAGAAAAUACUGUUUACUUCAUUGACGCUUACAACCUACCACCAGCAAAUAUCGAUGGAGAUUAUUCUGAACGACUCAUAGAGUUAAGUUCUCCAGACUGUGAAGACAGUGUGUUAAAAUAUUGUGAACAUUGCAUAGAGAAAGGAAGUUUAUGGUAUCCAAAUAUAACUGUAUGCUACAAGAAGUCAGAAGUAGAAGUGAAUUUUACGCCUAGCAUCUUUUGCUUUAAAUAUGUAAUACGCCUUUGUAAGUCUAAUCCAUGCACUGAUCCAUAUGAUCAUACAGUGAAUACCACCAAGAGGAAUGAUACUAGAAUUUCUGAAAGAAUAUCGAUGACUAAUCAAAGCAGCACAACUUUUAAAGAGCUAAUUCCUCAUUUUCCAGGAUGCAACAACGAUUGCCGAAGAUACUCAAGGCAUUGGCGACUGUGUACUGAAGAACCUACAGAAGGGAUAACUGCAACAGACUUAGUAGGCAGUGACACAUAUAUUUGCAUACUAGCUUCUUUAUUUCUGAUAGUAUGCAUGAUUGCUGCUGUACUGUACUUCAAGAGGAAGCAUGGUGGGGGAAAGAGACAUGCAAGGAAAGGAGUGAGUCACUUGGCUCUGUUCCUAAGAGGUGCUGCAAUUCUAAUCAGGCAUGGUCAGCAUCGUCCGGCUCAGGCCCUCGCGGACUUACAAAGGCAAGCUGGUGGGCGCCCUCCUGCUGCUCAUCUGGGCCUCCUCGGCUCUAGUCACCCUCCCCCUCUGCCUCUUCUUCACGGUCCAGCCGUUGCCCGUCAAGGACCAGGUGCAGUCAGAAACUGGGUUCUUUUUCCACCAAUGCAACACCUACCUGCUACAAUUCUGGUUGUGUAUUCCCAGGAAGUAUGUUUUCAGCAUACUGUCCUCAUUUUUGCUGAAUUUCUACAUGAAUGCUGUCAAAGUGAUGUUAUUAUUGAUGUCUGGCAAAAACGGAGAAUUGCUGAAAUGGGACCAGUAAUGUGGCUUGCUACCCAGAAACAAAUUGCUGAUAAAAUUGUUUUUCUCAUCCCAAGCCGUACAAAUCCUGCAUGCAAUUCAGCUUGUAAAAGAACUGUAGAAAGCCAAAAUGGGAGCUCUGAAUGUAUGUUCACUCUUGCAUUUAAUCUUUUUUGCAGUGACUGGAACAAUCAGUCUUCUCUGCAGAAAUACAUGGUAGUUUCUUUCAGUGAAACAAAUUCAACUAAAAGUCUCCCAAGUCCUUUGAAUAUUUGUCCAACAUAUUUCCUAAUGAAGGAUAUUGACUCCUUUUGUAGAGACCUCUAUCUUUUACAAAGUCCAAAGCAUAGUGAAAGCACAAAGUUGAAGUGCAGCUGGAGACUUAAGAUGAAACCUAAAUUAGAAGUAUAGGGACUAAAACGUAGGAUUAUAGAAACAGGCAAACCUCAAAUCCAGCCUCUGAAGGUGGUUUCUUUUUCAUUCCUCUACUCCUAAGAAUGAGUUAAUUUUGUAUAUUGAUGAUUUUCACACAUGCCAUAAGUCGUAAUCGACUUGAAGGCACAUAAGAACAUGCAUAAGGUUGACUUACGGCAACUGUCCCAUGGCAAGAAGAUAUCAAUACAUUCUAAAAUGAUUUCUGUGUGCUGGUGUUCUCCUUCUAGAGUACAUAGAAUUAAAAGGAGAGCUGUUUUCAGCAGUAAGUGUACAAUUGUAUUUUUGCACUGUUGCUGAAAUAUGUUACCUGUAGCAAUGGCAGCAGCAGUAAGCUGAGCUGCCCUCCAAUAGCAAUGGAGGGAAAGGAGAAAACUAUUGAAGAGAAUACAAUAGUUUUACCUUGCUUGCAGCUGAAUCAGGAUCCUGUGCAACAACCAUGUAAUGUUUUCUGCUGCUGCAACUAUACUGUAUAUUAAACAUCAGGCUUUCAGUUACUGAUGGAGAUACUCAUAAGACUGGGACUCCUGCUUAGGUCAAGGACCACCAAGAAAUAGGGGUUCAACUUGAAUGGGGACUGUGAUGUUCCUGCUUAUAUUGUAAAUAUGGUAAGUGCUGGUUAUAUAGGGUUUUAGGCCCGGUUUUAGCACCGAGACAGCCUUGGUCGCCCUGUACGAUGACUUAUGUCGGGAGAGGGACGGAGGGAGUGUAACUCUGUUGAUUCUCCUUGAUCUCUCAGCGGCUUUUGAUACCAUCGACCAUGAUAUCCUUCUGGAGAGGCUCGUGGAGUUGGGAGUUGGGGGCAAUGCUUGGCAGUGGUUCCGCUCCUACCUGGCGGGUCGUCUCCAGAAGGUAGUGCUUGGGGAACAUUGCUCGACACCGUGGGCUCUCCAAUGUGGAGUCCCGCAGGGGUCAGUUCUGUCCCCCAUGCUUUUUAACAUCUACAUGAAGCCGCUGAGUGCGGUCAUCAGGAGUUUUGGAGUGCGUUGCCACCAGUACGCUGAUGACACGCAGCUCUAUUUCUCCUUUUCAUCUUCUUCAGGUGAGGCUGUCAAUGUGCUGAACCGUUGCCUGGCUGCGAUAAUGGACUGGAUGAGAGCUAAUAAACAGGCUUAAUCCAGACAAGACUGAGAUGCUGUUGGUGGGUGAUUUCUCUGAUCAGAUGGUGGAUAUGCACCCUGUUCUGGACUGGGUUACACUCCCCCUGAAGGAGCGGGUUCGUAGUCUGGGAGUACUCUUAGAUCCUUCCCUGUCACUUGAGGCUCAAGUAGCCUUGGUGGCACGGAAUGCAUUCUACCAACUUCGGUUGGUAGCCCAGCGAUGUCCCUAUCUGGACAGGGAGGACCUCACCUCAGUUGUCCAUGCUCUGGUAACCUCUCGAUUGGAUUACUGCAAUGCGCUGUACGUAGGGCUGCCUUUGAAGACGGUCCGGAAACUACAGCUAGUGCAAAAUGUGGCGGCCAGGCUAAUAACGAGGACCAGGCGGUCUGAACAUAUUACACCUGUUCUGGCCCGCUUGCGCUGGCUACCUAUAUGUUUCCGGGCCAGAUUCAAAGUGUUGGUUUUAACCUAUAAAGCCUUAUAUGGUGCGGGACCACAAUACCUUCUGGAACACCUCUCCCGAUAUGAACCUGCCUGUACACUAUGUUCAACAUCGAAGGCCCUCCUCCAAGUUCCGACUUAUAGAGAGGCUCGGAGGAUGGUUACCAGAACCAGGGCCUUCUCAGUGGUGGCCCCUGAAUUGUGGAAUAGUGUUCCCAUUGAGGUGCGCUUGGCGCCGACAUUGCUAUCUUUUCGGCGCCAAGUUAAAACCUUUCUCUUUGCUCAGGCAUUUUAGUUUAAUAUGUUCAAUUUCGUUUUAGAUUUGUGGAUUUUUAUAUAUAUGUUUUUGUACCGAUUUAUGUGAUUUUAUUGUAUAUACUUUCUGUUGUACACCGCCCAGAGAGAUAUGCUAGUGAGGCGGUAUAAAAAUUUAACAAAUAAAUAAAUAAAUAUAGAAGACAUAUGGUAAGUGGAGUGAAAGAGGAGGGGGAGUACAUGAGCAGUAGAAUGCUGGAUGAUUGGCUGAGCGUUUGAAUGGCUGGGAGUAUAAAUGGAAGAAUGACAGUUGAAUCAGAGGUGGAUGUUGGAGGUUUAGAGAGGUGAAAGAGAGGUUUUGGUGGUGUUUGGAGGUUGGUGUAGUGAGUCGGAGUUCUGAGGCAAUUAAUGAGAAGUAAAGUACAUGUCAGAACAUAUAUGAAAUCAUAAGCUUGUCAACAAAGUAAUUAAGUAAUCUUAUUUUUAGUGUUCAAUAAAUAUUUCUUGGUUUGCAAAAAGCCUG